CUGCCUGCUCGCUCCCUCCAUCAUACUAUUUACUUACUUAUUAUCUCUCUCGAACUUUGAGCAAGCUGAUCUUCCUUGCUUACCCCUGGACUCUCUUUCUCCCAGCAGUGAGGGCACCCGAAGGACAAGCUUGUCACGUUCACCACCGGUCCUUUCUUUUCGAAGCGGCCCGUGGUUUGGUGCUUUGGAGUAUCAGCGCGCCAUUGUUGUGUAGACAUAUGUGAUGGACUAGCUGGUCUCACUACCUGACCUGACCUGCCUUCCUCAUCCUUUGAACCACAGCAGAUACGGAUACCUGGGCUCCCUUCGUCUGAUAUCUGCUUCGGUUCCAGCGCUUGGCUGUCUUCAAAGAGUGCGUAUCUGAACCGACUGACUUGAUGCCGGUAAAAUGAAGGACUGUGUUCUGUAGCUACGUGCGAAGACUCUCUCCUCCAGCACCAUGGCCCGAGUAUCUCGGAGAGCCACGUCGGUCUUUCCCAGACGGGCGCCAAGCAGGAUAGUCAAGCGGACGGCACGCAGGCAUAAAGUGAUUCUGGAAUCCGUUACGCAGGAGAAGAAGAAACUUCGAAGUGUCAUAUCGUUCGAAGCAAAAGCCCCUCCUGGUUACACCUUCAUUCCUGCUGGGAACCCCCAGCUCACGACUGCGUGUAAAGAAAUCUGUCGAAAGGGCAGUUUGAAGGUGUUUGCUGUUUCGACAACGCCGCAUAUGCAUACGCACAAUCUCUCCCAGCAUGUUCACCGAAUAGGAUAUCACUUUCCCAGUACUGUUGUUGCAACAGUCUGUAUGGAUUUGGGACUCCAUCUUACAUCAGCAGGGAAAACCAUGCCAUUUCAGACCGCUGGUAGUACCAAAUCCCGCAAGCGUGCUAAUUCAGAAGCUUCUCAGACAACAAUCAAUACUGAAGCCAGGGAUGUCCUCAGGGAUCUCUUCCCUAGCAUCCCAGACAAUGACCUGAAUCAAAUCAUAAAAACUGCUUUCCAGAAGGGCCAGCGAAAAGUAGGCACGGCCAUCGAAUUGCCCUUAGCCCGUCGCGCCCAGCUGGCUGUUGUGGCCCAUAUACGACAUAUUUAUACUGAAUAUGAUCGUUUGUUGAAAGCAACAUCUUUCCACGAGGCGAGAAGCGUGGUCGAAGAACCUACCCUAGCCAAGUUGGUGGAAUGGAGGGGUGAUGAUGAGAACGGAAAGAUCGUCCUUGAGGAUGUCUUUCGUGAGGUCAUUGUGAUAUCUGAUGAGGAGGACAGUGACACCGAGGAAGAAACAAUGCAGUCCUUCGAACGUGACCCAAGUGUAGUACUUGUCUCAAGCAACCCGAGGGCUGAAGAACUACAGACAAACCCAGUCACCUAUGCCAGCUCUAGCUUACGGGAAGCCCAGCUGGAUAUAUCGGACGAGGAAGCGCCCCCUGGAUUUCGUUUUGUUCCGGAUGUUCCUAGGAAUGACAAGCUUGAUCGUCGUGGCUUCAGCCGGUACCAAGCAUGGGACCGUGCUAUUAACAAAUAUAGAAAUAAAGCAGACGGGCCUAAUCCGCGCAGACUGCCUGGGGACUCACCCGGAAUUCAAAGGCCAUUAAAUGCUCGACGGCCAUUGCAAGAAAACACCGGCUCGGGACCAGAGUCGAUGAUUUACCAUGUCGAGGACAGACGCACAUUCUCCAUCCCAUCCCAUGUUACGACUAAUGUGGAAACACUCAGCACUGCGCCGAGAAGGGCCUUGGUGAACCCUGCAAUGGAGUAUCAUUCUUAUCCGUCGCUUCAUACAACUGAGAGACCGUACCAGGUAAAGAGAUUUUCACCCCCUUCUGAAGGGCUUCCCUUGGGUCGAACACAACCUUCUCAGCGAGAAAGGCGGAAUAACCCCCGUGAGAAGUCUCUGAAUGGCCCUAUCUUUGUGAGUAGCCAUAGCAUUGUAUCCGGACACCCGCUUGAGCAGCAGCAGCAGCCUCUGGAAUAUUCCCACAGCAGGACUAUCUCGCACCCAGAGGAUCGCGCCUUGCCCUCCAUAGAGAACCCUCUCCCCGCGGACCUGGGACGCCCCAAUAGUGGCCCUGUGGAGAGCCUUGCCAAACGGAUGUCUGGAGGAUUUGCAAUCCGCUCUGUAACCCCCAAUCGUGUACCUCCCCAGGAAGUUCCCCGUCGAGAACUCGCCGAGACUGUCCAAUAUCAGACUGCGAAGCGCAGGCGGACCACAUUCUAUGAGCCGGUGCAACCUGAAGAAAUCCGCCAAAGUAUCCCUUCUGCUAUUGCGAGAACUGCUCGUCCAGGUGAACAAUUGGCUUCCUCGACAUAUAUUCCACCAGGGCGGUCAGCCCAAGGAAAUUCUUCUGGCCGUAGGAAUUAUGCCGCUCCGGUUGGCUCCAUUCAUGCUACUGAUCGUCAGCCCGAGGAAUCCCUAUAUCCAUCCUAUACCACCCGGGUUAGCUUUCGAGACGAGGCUACUCCACGUCAGAUACCGCUUCAUAAUUGUGACAAUGCCGCGCCCAAUAUGCUUACCCGUGAAAUGCCCAACCAUUACAGGUCUCCAGCUGGCGUUGAGCUAACUUCACGGUAUGCCAUUCUCGAGGAUAGAAGCAAUGAAGGGCUAGUUCCUGUUCGGCCCAUUGGCAUGGCAGGAAAGAAUUAUGACGCGAGGUUACUCAAGCUCGAUAAUGGUCAUUUGAGGCUUCCUGAGGUGGAAGGAACACACCCAACUACUUGGGCUGGUCGAAACCACGGACCUGCUCUUGCUCUACAAGAAAAUUCUCACAGAAGGGGCCAUUAUGCCGAUGACUUUGUUCGUGCCAUUGAUCUGACUAAUUCCGGUCCAUCGGAGUAUCCGCCGGAGCGUCGUCUUCAGGCAAACUACGCUUCAGCGACCCGCCCUGAACCGGUUAGGCUUGACCAUGUCCACGGUAGUCAGCAUAUUAACCAGCAGGUCGGAUCAGAAUCAAACCCCCUUCCAGACCGCAUUCAUGAGGAUCCCUGGGCAAGAUCCGCGAAUCCGAGGUAUGGCUUAGUGAACGACGGGAUUGAGCGCUAUCAUGGAAUGCAUGAAAGUUCAACAACCGGAAAGUGUUACAUUGACAGAAUUUAUGGAGAGGCACCGCUCCUUUCACGUGAAAGGGAGAUGAUCGUGCCUCACCGCUAUGGUCGACGCCCUCAAGAAGUGCCGUAUCCCACUCAUGUAAGAGAGCCUGAACGAUCCCGUCCUGCGAUUGCAGAGGGUAGAACCAUUGUUAUUGUGGAUUGAUUCGAUUUUACCCACAAGGGAAGGGUUUUCUGAUAUUACCGCUCGUUCGUCUCAUUCGCAAUGUAAAUGUCUAUGCGGAGUGUACAUACUAUUUUUUACCGGUGGAGCGCACAAGAUACCCGACUUGGUGAC